UGACUUCCACGUUUCUCUCUCUCUCGCACUUGUGCCUGUCCACUUGGUCAGCAUUCCGGAAUAAAGUGAAUAAAAUAUUUAAGUUAUUAACUAUGAAGUUAGUGCUACAUGUGCAUUUCACGUUAUUACUGCUCGUCACUUGUGCCGGGAUUCAUGGGGAGGAAGACGCUGGCUUCUGCGACAAGGGGGACGAGGGCUGUGUGGAGGACGAAGAGCGCCACAACGUGUGGACGGAAAGGAGGGGAAAUUCCAUCGCUGCGGACGACAUAAUUGUUGAAUAUUUAAAAGAGAAUGGGGUUUCCUUGUCUCGUUUGGAGUUAGCCCUGCUUCUCAGCCACCUGGACGUUGAGAAUGAUGGUCGCGUGGAUAAGCACGACUUGGAAGCACUCCAGAAUUUGGAGGGAGAAGCUAUUAAAAUUGUACAAUCUGUAGUCGCCUCAUUCGACCGAUUGGAUCAAAAUGAUGAUGGAAAACUGACCAAGGAUGAGCUUCCAGCAUCCUCUUCCGAGUCUGAAGGUGAAGAUGACGAGGACGCAGGAGACAUCACCAUCUCCCAAUAUUUAAAGGUCAUCUCAAAAUUAGACAAGACUGUAUCCGAAGCACUUUCACCCUUUCAAGGUCUCGAUUUCCUUUCGCCAUUCGAAGUUAAAACCGUGAUUGGCAAAUCCGUAGCUGUGUUCUUGGAGAAGGACGUGGAUGGGAGUGGUGGGCUCAACUUGGCAGAAUAUUUGUCUCAAAUUGAUCGACCGGAUAACCCCCGCUCCAAAAUUCUUGACGAUACUCAGAAGGAAACUAUUUUUACCAUGAUCGACAAGGAUGGCGAUGGCGAAAUCUCAUUUUCAGAAUUCCAGGCAGUAAUUCCCAAAGGACCUCCGACUAUGCCCACAUCGAAAGACAUGGACUCGAUUUUCGAUGACGCGGACCAGGAUGGCGAUGGAUUCUGGUCAAAGGACGAGUUUGCACACCAUUUAAAAAACAUGGUAAUAAAAACAGGAGCUCCCGAACCAAAUGAGAACGACAUUUCUGCAGCAUUUAGGCAGUUGGACGUGGACAAAGACGGUUUGGUCUCAAAGAAAGAAAUGCACGGCAUCCAGAAGCAGAUUCAGAAUAUUCAGGAGGACAAAGCAGUUCAGGGAUUCAAUGAAAUGGACACCGAUGGCGAUGGCGUCCUCACAAAGGAUGAAAUGGUAACGAUGGCCGAAUUCAUGGAAGAGCGUUCUGGGCAGAAAGUCGAUGUGGACAUGCUUAUCAAAAUGUUGGAUAAGAACGGGAACGACGUGAUCGAGUUGGACGAAUUGAAGGAAAUGGUGCAGCGUAUGGUUCCCAAAUGAGCCCCACAUAAGACAUACAGUACAUUUUUACCAAAAUUGCGUAAAUAAAAAGCGAGACAAAGAUUCAACUAA